CAAUCGUAGAUUAAUUAUACGUACGGUUUUGGGGAUAUGAAAGGAGAAUUUUUCAUCGGCCUACAAAUUCAUCUGAUGAUUAACGAACAACCACACGAUCUUUUCAUUAAACUAAAGCACGUUAAUGGGGACACAGUUUACGCUCACUAAUAUGACCAUAAAAUAGGCUGUGAAAAAUAAUUCUAUAAGUUGGAAAGGGUGGGACAACACUAUGGAAUUGCUGAAGACUCCCAUAAGAAUCACAAAGAUAAAAAAUUCCCAACUUUUUAUCAUGAUAAUGACGACUCAAGAAAGAAUUGCGCAGCGGAGCAUGGUGGUGGUUGGUGGUUUCACUCUUGUUUGUCGAGGUAAAGCACAUCAAAUUAUAAAAGUACUUAUAAGGUUUCAAUUAAAAAUACUUGUUAUUACACCUCGCUUAAUGGACUAUAUUAUAAAAAAAAAGCGAAACAUACUCUACAAACAUACUCUCUAACAGGAAUUCAUUGGGGUCAAUGGAAAUAUAACUUUUCUUUUGUUCAAAUGAUAACAGGGCCGAAGUUCUUUCAGAUUUUAUGA